AACCAAACAGCCAAACUUUGUGCGUACACGGUUUUCUUGGUCCUCACACACCCGACGUCUCAGAUUUCAUAUUCAAUUGCCACUAAUUCUCCUAUAAAAAUACCAGGCGCUACCGCCAUUGUGAAGGAACUGAUACAUACCAGGCAAGAACAACUUCAUAUGCAAUAACAAGCUCAAGAAUACCUUCGAAACAAUGAUUCUGAGAAGCGCUUCGACUCCCCUCUUCAAUUCAUGGUUACACCAUUCAAGAGAUUCAUACCUGGAGCCGGAGAUCGUGAACCAAAUCCCUAGGGCGCGUUCCAUUGUGCUCUGUUGCUCACCCAGUUGCACAUCUCCGAUAAUCGAUGACUCACCCAGGAAGAUUACUCGGGCGUUGUCCGAGACGGAUCUUCGAGACAUGUCCAUGAAUAAGAUGAAACCCUUUAGCAGAACUCUGAGUGGGUUUUCUGAGGUUGACGAAGAGAGGGAUGUAAUCGGGUUUAGCCGCUCCAAAACGGCGUCGUUGAGGCGUGAAUCGAUUUCUGAAACUGGGGAUAGGGAUGGUGGGUUUGUUAAUGUUCUGGUUGGUGGUGGAGUUGGUGGUAGUGGUGGAAGGAUCAGUGGCGGCGGAGGAUCCGACGGUGGCGACGAUGGGAGUUUCGGGAUUGGAGAUUCGAAUCAUGGAAAUGACAAUACGGAUCUGCACUAUCAGAAAAUGAUCGAGGCAAAUCCUGGGAAUUCAAUGCUUUUGAGCAAUUAUGCACGGUUCUUGAAAGAGGUACGUGGGGAUCUUGUAAAAGCUCAAGAAUAUUGUGGAAGGGCGAUUUUGAGCAAUCCAGGCGAUGGUAAUGUCUUGUCUAUGUACGCUGAUCUGAUAUGGGAAACUCAGAAGGACACUCCAAGAGCCGAGAGUUACUUCAAUCAAGCCGUUCAAGCUGCCCCUAAUGACUGCUAUGUUCUAGCAUCAUAUGCACGGUUUCUUUGGGAUGCUGAAGAAGACGAAGAAGAAGAUGGCUUAAUCGAAAAGCCAGCGACAAGCUUCUUUCAAGGAGUUCAUACCCCACCUCCUCUUGCUGCCGCAUCUUAAUAGCUCUUGGACUUCCCCUUGCGCCCAGGUCUUUUGUAUCAUAGCUUUAGAGAUAACAUCUCUUGACCCUGUUUAUAAUCCCUUCUUGGCCUUUAGUAUUAGUAUAUGCAGCAGUGAGUUGUAUGAUCAAUAGAUAUUGAAUUUCUCCCUACGGAAUGCGAUUUGUAGAAAGGAAAUAAGAUAUAUAUUUUGUGCUCA